GGGGGAACGGACCACACCACACCAGACGAGACCAGAGGAGCACAUAGAUCUGCGUUGACUUCCUCCUACUCGGGCGACGACUGGGGACCGCGGACUGCAGUAAAAGUGCUGUUUAGAAUCUGAUUGAGAUUUCAGUUCGCUGGGAGACGAUCGUCGAACGAGACCGUAGCUGAAUUUUCAUGUCGCGCUGUGGCUAGACAUCAGGAAAAUAUAUAUAUCCCUAUAUAUAUAUAUAUAUAUAUUCAUGUGCUACCAGCUGGCAGUGGCAGUUUUGAGUGCGGCAAGACGCGUCAAGUGAAAUCGAAUUAUAUUAAAUAGAAAACCAAUCAAGCGCCUAGAGACGAUUAAGUGACGGCAAAACCCAGACGAAAAAAUCGACCAAGAUGACGACCCACCAGUUGCUAAACAAGAAUGUGCGCACCAUGCCCUCCUGGGUGAUGGAGGCAAAUGACCGCAUUGGGCCCAAACCGCCACCCACGCCACCAAACGGUGUGGCUGGAGGCCUUCCCAAAGCUCCUGCCCUACCGCCCAAGGCGAAGAGCACUCCCGAGCCGGACUACGAGAUCAUCGAGUUCUCCAGCCAGCAGUACUCCAACGAACCGAUGAAGACCACAGUGAUUAGAACCAAGACACCAGAUAACAAACUAAAGUGCACCUUGUGCGGUUCCCAGAAUCCCUGGGUAACCUGUGCCGAGUGCGCCGGCCAGAUCUUCUGCGCCUCCUGCGACGACAUGUUCCACAAGCAUCCCAAACGUAAGCAGCACAUGAGAAAGGCUGUGGAGCAGGGCACACCGCCGAUUCCGCCAAAGGCACAGGCCGGUGGUAGGGCACCACCACCAGUGGCACCUCCGCGACGCACCAAACGAGGCCUGCUGACACCGUUUCUAGGCCGCAAGGAUCAGAUGCUGCCGCCGCCCUCGCCCACGCCCUCGCACAAGUCGCUGGGCGGCUGGCGGGGAUCGCUCGGUGGCGGGGCCACGCCCCCAGUGCCUCCAGUUGCCAGCAGCUCAGCCAACCAGAUGAACAACCGACCACUGCCCGAACCACCGCGCAGCGAGGGCGGGGGGUCUUCCAGAUCGGGCACCCCCAAGUCCGUGUUCGACACCAUCCAGCGACCGCCGUCGGUGCAGCUGGAGAAGAUCAAGAGCAAGGCCAGCGCCACCCUGGACCGCAUGGCCAUUCUGCAGCAGCGGUACCGCCAACAGAAGGCUCGCCAGGAUCUGAGCGCCAACAGCGAACAGCAUUUGUCGAAUGGAGCCGGCUUCGAGCACUGGUCAAACAUUUCACCAUCGCCCUCGCAUUUUCGUUCCGGCAGCAUGUCAUCCGGUCUGAACUCAUCCCAUUUCGAUCUCUCGGAUGACUCACAAUUUCACAAUUCCUUGCUGCUCCAACAACGACAGGCGGCCGGCGCUCAGCGGCGGCAGAUGAGCACAUCGGUGUUCAAUCUUAACUCAAAUCCACGUCGACCACUGGCCGAGGCCCAGAACGGAAGUGCCUGGCUCGCCAAUCAGCGCAUCCAGCAGGCCCAAUCUCUGGCGCAGCUAAACUGCGCUGGAUGUCAGCAGAGCCAGCAGCAUCCUGGCUGGGCACAGCAUCCGCAACAUCCACAUCCUCAGCACCAGCAUCCCGAUCAGUGGUCACAGUUCGGCUCCCAACAGCAGUUCAACAACUCCAAUCUGUCCCUGAACGUUGGGCCGGGUUACAUGUCGCAGCAACAUCAUCCACACUAUCCGCCGCCGGUGUUUAUGACCCAGCGCGGUAUGAUGCCCAAUGUGUAUCCAGGAGCACCCGGCUAUCCCAUGAUGCAUCCAGGUGUCAUGGGAAUGCCACCUUCAGCUGCCUCCAGAGCGGCAUCCCGUUCCCGGUACGCUGCAUCACCAACACCCAGCCGCAAAUCGAUGUCCUUGCGUCGCAAGCGCAAUAGCUACGUGGAUGACGAACUAACGGAUGACGAGGACUCCGACCAGGAUGACCGCAGAUCAUUGGUGUCCAAUCGCUCGGCCAUGACCAGUGCCUCGCGCUCCCAGCAUCACCAAAACCACAUCCAGCCCCGCCAAAGGCGCCUUUCCAGUGCCUCCCAACUAAUAGCCAGCGAUGAACUGGAUGGCGAUCAGAGGCAUCACAAGAUGCGGAAUCGUCGGGGAUCCAUUGCCAAGUCCGUGCAGAGUGAGUGGCUACCGGAGCGACGCGAAAAUGAGGGAACCCUUACCAGAAACAAAACAGCAACGGACUCGGCCAGAACCAGUCGCAUUUACUCCGAUCUGGAGUCUGAGGGAUCGGGUGCUCGGGCCUUGGUUCAAGCUAAGAUUCAGCAGAAGCUCCAAGAAGCCGAUCAGCACAAAUCCUCGAAGAAGGCUGAGCCAAAACGCAAGCCGGAGAUGAAGGACGAGAAUACACAGGCUGCGGCGGUGGUGCAGAAGGUGGUGACGCCAGCCCAUGAGGAGAGUGCCUCGGAAUACGAGGAAGUGGUCGAAGAGGUAACCGCAUCGGAGAGUGAGGCUGAGGCUCAAACAGCACCCGAUCCACAGGAAGUUCCUGACGAGAUUGGGGCAGAUGACCUCGGUCCACCACCUUCCACCCCAGACCACGAAUGGGAAUGCGAGUUCUGCACGUUUGUGAACGAGCCCAACAUCAAGAUCUGCUCCAUAUGCUGCAAGACGCCCAGCAAACCUCCAGUGCAGCCCAACAAGGCCAAAAAGGUAGAGGAAAAACCACAGCCUCCAGCUGAAAAGUCAAACAAUAUCAAGGCGUCUUCUAAGACGGAAACUAAGCCUGUGCAGAAGCCUACUACAAAGAACCAACAACCAAGUCAGAAAUCCGUUGCUGCUUCGUCGAAGACAACUCAUACCAACUCCACACCUAGCUCAAAAGCGUCGCCAGCUGUAAACUCCAAGAGCACCUCCAGUAUUCCCAUCAAGGCACCAUCGAAAUCCACACUGAAAACUUCGUCCGAAAAUGAAUCCGAUAACUCGCUGGCCAAGAGUCUUCUGCACAAAGAGUCCGUUGAAAACAUUUGGAAUACUCUGGAUGAGAGCAUUCAGGCGCAGGCGGAGCAGGUACUCAAGAAGGCUCAGAAGGUCUCCACGGCCUGUGGUGGAACUCCUCCCCGUGAAAUAGCGGCCGUGGAAAUGGGAACUUCUCCGCCUCCUCAGAGCAUUUCCACGCAGACCUACGACGCUCUGCCCUUUAACACAAAGCAAGAGGAGAUCCUCCCCGUUGUUCCUGACCGCUUUACGACUCCAGAACCAAACAAGAUGGAGCGACGUCCGCACUAUCGCAGCAAUUCCCAGCUGCAGCAGGAGAGUGACCGAUAUCGGAGUGCCAAUGACCUGCGGUAUCACGACGGCUUUGGAUUGGAUCCCUAUAGUGCCGGUCUGGUCACCAAAAGACCCAAUUUCAUAAACGAGCUCCGCAUGCUCCAGCUUCAAGUAUCUUCACCUUUCGAUAUGCCGCAUGAGACAUUCGGAGUCAAGCACGAGCCUGCCAGAGAUCCCGAAACGGAAAUGCACAUCAUACUGAAAGAACUGGAGCUGUACAAGUUCACGGUGGAGGAACUGGAAGCGGCCCUAAAAUACUGCUCCCCGGACACUCAUCCCAUUCAGUGGCUACGCGAAAACUGGCAUAAGCUAGUGCAGACGGUGCAGAGUUUGUCCACCAAGUACGGACAGGAAAGGGGUGAAAACACGAUCGGAACUGUGUCCCAAAACGAGGCACGCGAGGCAUUGCGCAACUCAGGGGGAAAUGUGUGGCAGGCGGUGGCGGACUGCAUCCAACAGAGGCAGCAGAAGUACAGGAAACUGGCGGCCAAGGGAAACUUCCUGCGUGACGAUAUUGUGAACGCGCUGACUGCGCACCAAGGUAAUGUGGAGCAGGCGCUGGUGGAGCUGAAUCGCACGCAACUCAAGCCAUUUCUAAUGCGCAUCUGGGGCUCGCCGAAUGGCGUUGAGAAUGAGAGUGGCGUGGCCAUAGACACCAAGUCGGAUAUCCAUGACUUCUUGAACACACACGCCUUGGACUGCCUGCAGCCUCCAUUGGCUGGGCAGAGUCCCAGCCCCGCCCAAGCCAAUCCUUUCGACCAACCCCGCACCGACGAGAGCCCCGUCAAAUCCACCUAUGCCACACCCAGUCCCUAUCAGAUGGAGGACAGCACCCUGAAGAACCUGGAGAUACUCAUCGGCAACAUGGAGCAGAACCAGGCCAAACAGAACCAGGAGGUUCUACGUUCCAUCGAGACCAUGCUGGACACAUUCAAGGGCAAGCCGGAUCUGGAGUACGAGACGGAUCCGGAGAUAAUGCGUAUCCUAACAAAGAGCCCCAUUAGCACGUUGAAGCCAUCUGGACCAACAGAGGAUAAGUCCACUGAUGAUGUGAAGAACUUUGUAUGGCAACACAUUCAGGAAAUUGUGCCCAACCUGGUGCAACAGGUCGAACAAGAGCUCAUGGAGAAACCGGAAGUGGAAGCUAAAAUUGAGGUAGAACAACCAAAGGAGCCUGAACCUCCACUCGAACCUCAGCCUGAGCCCACACCAAGUGUCGAUCCUGCUGUCUACAUCAUGGAGGAAGUCAUCAAGCCCAAUUUAAGGGAAGCAAGCAUACGUGAAGAGGUUCAACCCAGUUUUAUCUAUGCCACUGAAAUAGCCAACUUCAAGUUGGAGUUUGAUCGUGGCACUGAACGAUUGCACGAGGCGGAAUGGGAAAGCACUGAUCUUGCGGAUGCAGAACGCAUAGUAUACAAAUGCUAUAUGGCUCCCGAAGAGGAACCCAAGGAGGAGGUUGAACAGGCAGAGGCUGAGAGUUCCGUCAAUUCGCUUCCAACAGCAAAAACCCAAGAAGAAGCUGCUCCAGAAGUAUCCAUUGAAGCGCAAAAGAUUGAAAAUACAGAAGUUACAGAACCAGAAACACUAACAAGAAAAGAGACCGUUAAUGAGAAACUUGGCCAGCAGGGAAAACUAGAAACACCAUUAGCAAAUACAAGUGAAAAAAUUAAUCAAGCAGUACCACAGCCAGCCAAUGAAAGUGACAAAAGAAUAUCAAUUGAAAAUAAUUUGCAAAUUAAGCAGAAUGUGGCAGAAGUACAAGUCCAGUCGGAUGACCAGCCAAGCACAAGUAGAGAAGCCAACCGAAGAGCUAAGAGAUCCCAGCAAUCGAGAAAAGGUAGAUCACGGGAGCAAAGCCAAAAACCAACCAAUCGUACAAAGCUACCAAACAAUAUCGAUCAGAAAGGAAAUGAGUCAAAAACAGCAGCUAAGGAAACAGAAGCAGUCAAAGAUCAGAGUGCUGCUGAAAGUAAUAUACAGCCAGUUGUUGCUGCAUCUGAUCCUGAAACUCUCACAGCCCAAAAAACACUAUCUGAAGGAUCGAAUAGCAACUCUAUCGACUUAUCCGUUCCAAAUCAGAGUUCGGGUGAAACUAUGGAAAACGUAUCUUCCACAGAAAUAAACGAUAUUGUGUCGAUAGAGGUCAUCUCAAAUCAAUCUGAAGAAGUUCCAGCGAUUCCGGAUUUGGGAACCAGAACGGAAAUAUCUGAACCAACUGCAAGCCCAAUCGAAGAAAUUAGGUCUGUACAAAACAUAACGAUUGUUUCAGAACAAGCUGAAGAGCCUCAGGAACCAGAAAACCAUAUCCAAGUUUCUGAUACAACAGAGCCAAUUCAAAUCCCUCGAGAAGAAGCAAGCACUGAAAUAGUCAGCCCUCCAAACGAGGAACAACCCAAAUCUCUAACAUUACAGGAUGUUAAUGUACAAGACACAUCCUCCAUCAUAUCUUCACCAACUACUGACGUCAGUCCAAUUGUAGAAAAAGUCGACAUAACGCCUAGUACCUCAUCAAUAUCUAACGAACAAAAGCAAAGUCCUAAGCGCCUUUCAAAGAUUCCGGUAAGAACCCUGAGCAGCAGCAGUCUUCGCAGUGAGAGUCGGUCCAGCAAUCGGACUCCAACGGCCAAUGAUGAGAUCGAAAGGGAAGAGACUACGUCACAAGAUGUACCCAUAGGGGAUACAGCCAAUUCUCCAAAACCAGAAGAGUUGUCCGACAACCAGGAGGUUAAUCUCGUGAGCCAAGAAACUCAGUCCGAAAAGGAUACAAACAUUGUCCAAGAACCUCCCGUCCAGACUUUAGGCUUGGAGCUGGAAGAACAUAGUCAGAAUGCAACUCCUAUGGCUGUCAGUCCCACAGACUCGGACGAAGUAUUCGAAGAUGCUCCCGAGUUCAGCGGUAGCGAUGGAACAAGACCCCAUGAUGAAACCGCUUCCGAUACAGAGCUUUAUAGCCUUGAUAGCGAUGGACAGCGUGCUGAAACCAAAUCCCCAGAGGACGAAGUCGUACUCUUGCUGGAUGAGGAAUCCCAGAUGGAAUCUUCGAUAGCCCAGUCCGAAAGCAACGCAAGUUUUGGUUCCCACUCAAGUGAAUCCGAGACGUCCAAAGUUGUGCUUAAGGAGUUUGUUCCCUCUGGAGAUCCGGCCAAACAGAACCUAAGCGAACUGGUUGAGGACACUCAACGUUUGAUCAAGCAGAUGCGCGAUGAGAUCAGCAUGGAUGAGUUCGAGUCCACCGAUGAGGAUGAAUACUCCGAUGAAUACUCGGAUGAGUAUGACGAAGGGGAAGAGGAGGAGUGGUACGAUAGCGAGGGAGAAGAGGAGGGCGACUUCGAUGGGGAGGAGGGUAAUACCUAUAACGAGCACGCAUCCUACAUCGAGGAGGCCUCCACUGGUGACGAAGGCACCGAAAUCGAGGACAUAAUGGAGGAGGACGAGGAUCUAGCUGAUGAGGACGAGCCACUGCACUCACAAAUUCCACUAGACAUUGAACCAGUCAUAUCGCCUGCUCUAUCAGUCACACCCACCAACCAAGAAACUGAUACGAUCGCACACACUGAGGUUGUUUCCUCCACAGGAACAAGGCUGGAAACAGAGUUGCCGAAUCCCCCCGUGGAAUCCAUCUUGCCUUCUCAGAGUGUUCAGGAGGAUAUCAAGGUGGAAGCGCUUCCUAUUCAGUCCCCUCCCCCCAUAGCUGACUCCGAAACUCGUCCUGCAGAGCAACCAGUUGAGUUUGUGCUAGAAAUCCCAUCAGAAGUUGAGCCUACUCCCGUUGAAGUGGAUCCCGUUGAAGAGCCCACUGCCCUGCCCAUAACACCUGCACCACCCAUUGUUGAUUCCGAAUCGCGACCCGUGGAGCCGCCUGUUGAAACAGUACUGGAAGAACCUAAAAAGGUAACCCCGAGCAUGAAAGGCAAGACUGCAAACAGCGGGACUGCCUCCAAAGGUCCCUCCACAUCAAGUACGACUAAAACAAACAAGACCACUGUCAGUAAGAUUCCCAAGCCCACCAAUGAACCCACUAACAAAUCGAAUAGCACCCCCUUGAACAAGAAGGUUCCGCUGCGCUCCAAGUCCUUCUCGGCACCAAUGGGCAUUUCAUCCGUGAAGCGAAUCCAGGAGGUCUACCUCCAGAAGCAGAGCUCAUCGAUUGCGGCCAGCCGAGUUCCGCUCAAGAGCAGUCCCUUCACCAAGAAGUCAAUCAACGAUGCCAUCAGCAGGUUUAACUCCAACCAGGCCGAUGGACCCAGCACCAGUGGAGCAGCGGCGGCGGCUGCAGCGGCAUUGUUGAAACCUCGAUCCCAACCUCGAAUCCCCAAGAAGAAGUACCACGAGACCUGCUUCUCUGACGACGACUACGAGACCUCGGCCACGGAGGAGGAGCAGGAGGAACCCAACCUGGCCGAGCCCCAGAAAGCAGAACAGCUGAAGCGUAAGAUGAGUAUGCCCGUUUUUCGGGCAUAUCCUAGUGUUCAAGAGCCGGUAAUCGAGGAUCCAGCGAUCCUUGCCCGCAAGUACGUCGAUCAGGAGCUGGUGACCAAUAUCGCUGAGGCCCAGAUAGCCGCCACUUUGGUGAGCAUGAAGUUCUCGGAGGACGUGGCUCUGUGGGCGGCUAGGGAGUGCUCCGAUCUGGACCAGGCCAUUGGCAUGCUCCAGCAGGAGUGCGAGCUUUGCAUGAACAGCUAUCCCAUGAAUCAGAUGGUGUCCAUGUUGAAGUGUCUACACAAAUGCUGCAAGCAGUGUGCCAAGAGCUACUUUACAGUUCAGAUAACCGAUCGCAGUAUCAACGAUUGCAGUUGCCCGUUCUGCAAACUGCCCGAGUUGAGCAACGAGGCUCAGCAUGAGGAUGAGCACCUUGAGUACUUCUCCAACCUGGACAUCUUCCUGAAGAGCAUCCUGGACAACGAUGUGCACGAACUGUUUCAGCGCAAGUUGCGCGAUCGCUCGCUGCUGCAGGACCCCAACUUCAAGUGGUGCAUCCAGUGCUCCUCCGGAUUCUUCGCCCGGCCCAAGCAGAAGCGAUUGAUCUGUCCGGACUGUGGAUCCGUUACCUGUGCCCAGUGCCGGAAGCCCUGGGAGCGCCAGCACGAGGGCAGCAGCUGCGAGGCUUACCUGGAGUGGAAGCGCGAAAACGAUCCCGAGCUGCAGGCCCAGGGUGUCCAGGAGCAUUUGGCCCAGAACGGCAUCGACUGUCCCAAGUGCAAGUUCCGAUACUCGCUGGCCAGGGGAGGAUGCAUGCAUUUCACCUGCACCCAGUGCAAAUUCGAGUUCUGCUACGGAUGUGCCCGGCCCUUCAUGAUGGGCGCUAAGUGCACUGUGUCCACAUACUGUGCCAAGCUCGGUCUGCAUGCCCAUCAUCCGCGCAACUGCCUGUUCUACCUGAGGGAUAAAAUCCCCCUGCAGUUGCAGUUCCUGCUCAAAGAGCAGAAGGUCAAGUUCGACACGGAGCCCAUGCAGAUCAAGGACGAGUCCAGCAGCUCGUCCAAGGCUCGUGCCCAGGCCCGCUGUCCCAUCCCGCUGCAAAAGGAGACGCCGCAAGGACUAGUCGACACAGUGUGCAACACGGAAGUUCCUGACAAGCACGCUGGGAUGUGUCGCACCCACUACGUAGAGUAUUUGGCUGGCAAGGUUGCCAAGGCUGGCAUCGAUCCACUGCCCAUCUUCGAUCUGACGGACUGCGUCCAGGAGCUGCGGAGGCGAGGCAUCGCUCUGCCGGAGAGAGGACCCUGGGACACCGACGAGAUCUACAAGAACAUGUGCUCCGAGGUAAUCAAGGAGCAUAUACCACUGAAAUCGGCAUGAGCAGAAUCUGAAUAAGUGAUGUUUUGGAAGCGGACGACUGUUGCAAUUCUUCACCAAUAUCUUUGAUUUAUGGCGGCACUUUUAUAGACAUUUUUAUACACCAACCCACACCCCUACACUCACGAAUCAAACUUCAUUGCUAGACAGUUUGUUAGACAUUAGACAUGGCAUGUAUACACCUUCACCCACUCAUCGUUUAUCCAUCCAGAAACCUUUCCCAUUUUGUUUAGUUACUAAGAGAUGGAAAACAACAGCCAGAAUAUCCGCACGUGUAAUAGAGUGCAUCCAAUAAACGGCGGCAUAUGUGAAAAUCCAA